AGAUGUUUGUAUGAGUGCCAGUUGAAUUUUACAGUGUGAGAGUGAAGAUGGAGUCAUACGGUCCUCUUCUGGAGAAGACCCGGGUCCCCCAACCGGGUCUCCAAAAACUAGCCGUCAUUUCCAUCUUCUCGAAGCUCCGAUCAGCGCCCAAGUACCUCGACCCGGAAUCCGAACCCGGAAAGCGCGCCAUUUCCGACUGCCUCACCUCCUCUUCCGCCAUCGUCGUCGACCAGUCCGUCCGCCAGCUAUGCCGCCUCGUCACCGACUCCGUCAUCUCCGUCGCUCGUGGCUUGCUGGAGCUCCAGUCCGCACUCGAAGGAUCCGACCCGAAGCUUGUGCCCGUUUUCGUGAAGGGGUUGGGCUUCCUUGUUCGCUUCGGUUUUCAGAAGAACAAUGGCUCCUGGCGUUUCAAUUCGAUACAGACGCACCCUUUUGUUCAAGUGUUGUCGUGCCGGUCGGAAGUUCACGGUGAACUCUUGCAGCAAGUGUUGCUGUUUAUGUUGCAGAAUAAGCGGCUAGGAAUUGUGCAUGUUUGUGAAUUUUUAAGGCCCUUACUGUAUUUCUCGACCAUAAAAUUGUCAGUUUCGGAGUCAUCCUCCUCUUCAUUUGGGAUGGAAUUGAUAUCGUCUAUGGUGUCAUUCUGUUGCUCUUAUCCGUAUGAUUCAAUGCCGGUUUUUAAGCUGCUAAUGGGAUGCGUUAAGUACCUUCCUCACGAGACCUCUGAAGACUACAGGAAAUUAGUAUUUGUUGUAGAAAAUGUGGUGGAGGCAUAUAUAGUGGUACUGAAAUCUCUGGCAGGAGAUAAAUUGCAGUUGAUUACUGAGGCUCAACUAUGUGCUGUUGAAUUUCUGGGUACAAUCCUUUCUCUGUUGGCAUGUCUGCAGUGGAACCCGAGUGGUCAUGAGCCCAUAUUUGAACUCUUUAGGCACUUGUUGUCUGUACAGAGAAAUCUCGGGUUGCAAUGGGAGCCUGGUUUGUCAUCAUCUAUAAUAUCAUUAUUCACAAUCCUUGUUCAAUCAGAACUUGAACAUGAACAAGUUUCUAUAUUGAAAGUCAUUCUCUUACUCCUGAAGUGGAAAUAUGAUAAUGAUGAUGCUAUCAGCAGAACUAUAUCCUCUCCGUUUGAAGAGAUUUUGUUUCUACUUCCUGUGGUCAGCCUCAUGUCUUCUGCUUCCAAAUCUGUGAAAGGACUGGCUACUGAUUUACUUUUCCUCUUGGAGAAGCUCCUUGUCAAGAUAAUCGUGGCACCAAGACAUAAACCAGUCAUCGAGGGGGGAGUUCAUUAUCUUAGCACACCAGGAGUUAUAGUUUUGAGACUUUUGCAACAUCUGUGGUAUCAGGAUGGAGAAUCUUCUUCCGGGAGUUCCCUCUUGAAUUUCACUAUGAAGGGCAUGAAUGAAAGUGAAAAUAUGCCUAACCGACCAAUGUCUUGGGUUUCUCAUGUAAGAGGGUUCUGCUUGCCAGUUGUUGAACGGCGAAAAUCUUCAUUAUCUCUCUUGCAUUUUCAAGAAGUAUUUUUAACGGAGAUGUCUUUGUUACUCAGUGCUGUUCUCAGUGUUUUAUUGAUACAUCCAUCAAUAGGGGCUGCUGCUGUCGAUUCUUUAUCUUCCAUUGCCAUUAUGGAUCCCAGACUGGGUGUUUCUUUAUUGCUAACAAUUAUGUUUUACAGUAAUAUAUUCACAAGAAAUGAUGUCAUAUGCCAUGAUAUGUUGCUAAAAAUUCUUGAAAUGCUGCCAUCACUUGCUUCACACUCAGCAAUGAUUCCACUUGUAGUUCAAACUAUCUUGCCAAUGCUUAAUGGAGGUGCAAAAGUCUCAUUACAUGCCACAGCAACUCGAUUACUGUGUCAAACCUGGGAGAUCAAUGAUCGAGCCUUUGGGAGUUUGCAAGGCGUCUUGCUCCCUAAAGGUUUUGCUGAUUUCAAGUCAGAGAGAGCAAUCUGUAUCAGUAUGGCUGCUUCCAUUCGAGAUGUUUGCCAUAAAAACCCUGAUAGGGGUGUUGACCUUAUCUUGUCUGUUUCGUCAUGCAUUGAAAGCCCAGAUCCUGUAAUUAAAACUCUCGGCUUGCAAAGCCUUGCCCACCUUUGUGAAGCAGAUGUGAUUGAUUUUUACACUGCAUGGGAUGUCAUUGCAAAGCACGUGCAAGGUUACCACGAUGAUCCUGUUCUUGCACAUAGCGUUUUCCUUCUGCUAAGGUGGGGUGCAAUGGACGCAGAAGCAUACCUAGAAACAUCAAAGAGCGUGCUGCAAAUUAUUUGGGAUGUAGUUACCUCUAGUGUAGAGACAAAGUGGGCAAAAGCAAGAAUUUCAGCCCUGGAGGCACUUACCCAAUAUGAAGUAUCACAUCUUGAAAAAAGCAUUCCUGAUUUUAAGAGAAUGUAUUUGGAGCUGUUCUUUUCUGAGACAAAUCCCAAAGUACUGCAGGUUAUGGAGGAUUUUCUUGUCAAGAUAAUAACAUAUGAGCACAUUAAUCGCCGAAGAUUGGUCAAAGAAAAAAGAGUUGCAGGAAGUAAAAUUGAAAAGUUGGUGGAUGUAUUUCCACAGGUUAUAUUCUCUUCAGGAAAGAUAAGUGAGGCUAGAGAAUUACCUGGUGCAGCUCUAUUAUGUUUUUCUUUCACUCCUAAAAAUGUGAAUGAGCAUCAAGCAUCAAAAAGGCUAAGGGAUGUCCAUGCUGGGUAUGAGAAUGCUCUUGGGGAAAUAGCUACUUCUCUUCAGCUCUCAAGAAGUAUUUUGCUUGCACUUAUGGCACUGCAAUCAUGGAAAGACUUCAUGCAUCGUUGGAUGAAGGCUUACAUUAUGUCCUAUGAUGCUAAGGCACAACUGAGUGUCCUGGAUAAAACUUCUAAAGCUGCUAGUGCUAUUUUAAAGAGUAUGAUCGCAAUGGCUGAUGAGGCUAUACCUCGAGCUGCUGAAAACAUUGCACUGGCUAUUGGUGCACUCUGUGAGGUUUUACCUCCAUCUGUUCACACUGUUAAAUCUGCUGCUUCAAAAUUUCUUUUGGAGUGGUUGCUCCAACAUGAACAUGAACACCGCCAAUGGUCUGCUGCGAUCUCUCUUGGGUUAAUCUCAAGUUGCCUUCAUGUAACUGACCAUAAACAGAGAUAUCAUAACAUCACGGGACUUCUUGAGGUUCUUUUUGUUAGCAGAAGCUCCCUUGUAAAAGGAGCAUGUGGUGUUGGAUUGGGAUAUUCAUGCCAAGAUCUUCUUACUAGGGUUGAAGCUGCUGAUGAAUCCACUAUUGAAAAGGAGACAGAAAAGGUUCCAGAGUCUCAGUUAUUAGGAAGAAUUGUUGGGGCCUUGGCUUCAAUGAUACAUGAGAGAACUCGAUGUUCUUCUGAUGUUUUGGGCAGUCUAUGUUCACGCUUUCCACUUGAUAAUGAUGUGAAUGCUGAAGCAUAUGAACUGUCUUCUGAGGAUAGUGAAAACUUGGAAGAGGAUAUAUGGGGUGUUGCUGGACUUGUUUUUGGUUUAUCCUCCUCCAUUAGUGCAAUAUACAGAGCUGGCGAGUUAGAGGCUGUUAUCAAGAUAAAAAACUUGGUAAUAUCAUGGCUUCCAUUUGUGAAUUCACGAGCUCAAGGUAUUAGUUUGCAGGGGGAAGACUCUGAGACUGUUUUAGCUCUAGGAUCCUGUAUUGCACUUCCCACUAUAGUGGCUUUUUGCCAGAGAAUGGAGUUGAUAGAUGAUAUUGAGUUGGACCAAAUUGUUGGAGGCUUUAAAGAGUUGAUUUCUCAGUUAAUUUCUGUAAAAAAGUCUGGCAUUUUGCACCAUAGUUUGCUGAUGGCAUCAUGCACUGGAGCAGGGACAGUACUUUCUUGUGUAUUGAAUGAAGGUGUUCAUGCUAUCGAGGUUGAACAAAUUAAGUGUUUACUGGAACUGUUCAGGAAAUGUUACUCAAAUCCUUUCCCUUUUCUUGUCCAUCUCGGUGGUAUGCUAGGAGUUGUUAAUGUUAUGGGAGCAGGUGCAGGGAUUUUGGUUCAUAUGAAUUUUCCAAAUUAUGCUAGGCAAUCUGGUUAUCAAAAGAAGGAGUCUUCUUCUGUCAUGGGCCCUCUCCUGCAAAGUUCUGUCUUUGAACCAUACUUGACAUCACUGGUCCAAGAGAUGUUUCUUGUGGCACAAAAUUCUGAUAACCAUCAGCUACAACAGUUCGCUUCCUGGGUACUUGCGUUCCUACGAAAUCAUUUGUGGUCCAAGGAACCUUUGGCAGUUGAUGGUGAUAGGAACGUAGCUGGAACUAAUUCAAAAUCUGUUUCUCAAGGAUUUGCUGAGGACAAUGUGGUUUUAAAACUCAGCUUAUGGCUUAUGGAUUUCAAAUACACUGAGAUACAGCCAGGUACUGCUGCACAAGCCAGCACAGUCGUUGCUAUAUUAAGGUGCCUUUCUAGAGCUCCCAGGUUACCAAACUUGGAUUGGGGGGCAAUUAUUAGGCGUUGUAUGAGAUAUGAGGCCAAGGUUGCUGAAUUGUUACCAGAAGAUUCUUCUCGUGAGAAAGGAUCUUUAAGGGAGGAAAGCGUAGUGUUUGCAAUAGCUCAUGCGAAUCAAUUUGAUUCACUGUUAACUUUUCUCGAUGAGCUAUCUGACUAUUCCAGAUUCAAGACACUUGAAAUAAACCUGCAGUCUUGUUUGCUAAUUCAUCUAGCGGACCUUGUUAAAGUAUUCUCAAGCUCCAGGCUGGAGAAGCUAUUCGUUGAUGUGAGUAAUCACUUGUCUUCAUUUACAUCACAUGAAGAGUCAGGCACCAACCAGAAAAGCUUGUUGUGUAUUUCAUGCUGGAAGGGUCUCUUUGAGUGCCUAGAUGAAGUUUCUGUGGACACUUCUGGCCACAUAUCCCAUGCUGAGAAGUGCAUGGAGGUUCUAUUUACUUUAUUGCCACCUGUACACUCUUCUGGCACUAUAGUGUCUGGGGUCGGAAAUGCUGUAGAUGAAUGGUCUGAGGCUAUAAGAUGCUUAGGGAAGACUCCACAUAGCUGGUUAUUGGACUUCCUAAAGGUUUCGCAUGAGGAAUUUUCCCAAAGUGCUGACCAUUCCGUUGAAGUCCAGAAGAAGGUUUGCGCUAAGAUCAAGCUAGUAAAGACCGGUUCUCUUCCACUGAUUGAACUCGGAAAAAUGAAAUCCUACCUAUUGAACUCCAAAUCACAAGGUCUCUGGGAUGUGCUCUUUGAAGUUGUGGCGGCUUUACACCCUGCAGAGACAACUGUCAAAAGACAGUGGCUUAUUGAUGCUCUUGAAAUUAGCUGUGUAUCCAGUUUUCCUUCCACGGCACUGCAGUUUAUUGGUCUGCUAUCUGCUGCCUGCUGCAAAUAUAUGCCCUUAAUGAUUGUGAACCAACAACUCGUACUGAAUGAUCUACCAGUCACCCUUGUGUCUCUUCUAGCAGACCGAAGCUGGAAUGUUGUUGCAGAAACUGUUGUUUCCCAUCUCUUUUCAUCAACAGAACGCAUAUAUGACUGGACUACAAAGAUAACAGAUGGCUCUUACGUUCCAGAUUCACAACCCAUUGAUGAAACUGAGAAUCAUAUGGCUGAUUUUCUACUAAAAGUGAUGCAUCAUACUUGUGUAUUAUUGAAAGGCCACUUGCCAUUAGAUAAACAGCUUAGGCUCGCAAACAUGGUUAUUUAUUGAGUUGAAGAUACAGGAUGACAAUAAGAAGCCUGUUCUUAUAAUCAUUUGACCAAAGGAAUACCAACUCCAUGCCAUAAUAGCAUGGUGUUUUUGGGAAUUGUGCUUUGCUAUUCAGGGAAUAUGGACAAUUCUUUGUGAAUUAAGAGGGCACAAAGUGUUGAGCAGAAGCCAACAUUGUGGGAAGUCUCUGCUGGGUGCCAAAGCAUGUAGCUGUGCACAUAUUUUUGAUUGUAGGGUGCAUUAAAAUUCAGCAAAAGCCGAAGCAUGUUGUAGCUUCUUUUCUUCCUAUACAAGCCUGUUGUAAAGUAGUGACAUUCUUGGGGUUGCUUGCAAAGAUAUGUAAUGCAUGAUUGCAUGUCCAUUACUACAAAUUUGUCAAAUCGGUAUAUUGUGUUAUAAAAUCUUGAUUUUGAAGUUCAGAA